ACUGAUCAAUGCAUCCAAUAACGUUUGUGCCAUGGAAUCAGCACUUCUCUCCAUCCUUCUUCCUUCCAUCCUCUGCACUCUCCUCCUAAUUCUCCUCAUAAAAAAGCUCACCCUUCACAAAACCUCUAGUAACUUCCCUCCAGGUCCAUGGAAGGUCCCCAUCAUUGGAAACUUGCACCAACUAUUAGGCGAGCACCCACACCGUAGGCUUCAAAACCUUGCCAAAACCUACGGCCCUCUCUUCCACCUCAAGCUCGGUGAGAUCAAUCUCAUAGUCAUCACAUCUAGCGAAUUCGUUCGAGAUAUUUUCAAAACCCAUGACCUCAAAUUUGCUUCAAGGCCUAAGUUAAUGGCAGUCAAGAUAAUCGAAUACAACUACGCUGGCUUUGGCUUUGCACCUUAUGGCAAAACAUGGUCAAAACUACGUAAAAUUUGUGCUCUUGAACUGUUUAGCUUAAAGCGAGUUAUGUCUUUUAAGUUUAUAAGAGAGGAAGAAGGAAAUAAUCUUGUGGAGAAGAUUAUGAUGGCGAAGGGAUCACCGGUGAAUUUGUCUGAGAUGCUUUUAUCACUUUCAAAUGUGACAGUUGCGAGGGCUGCCUUUGGGAAAGGAAGUGCACAAAAAAAGAAGUUUUUAUUGGCGUUGAAGAAGACGUUUGAGUAUCUCUCAGGAUUCAAUGUGAUUGAUUUGUUUCCUUCGUGGAGUUUUCUUGGUGAGAUAAGUGGAUUGAGGCAUGGGAUGGAGCAAGUUCACAAGGAAAUAGAUGGUGUUUUGAAUGAGAUAAUUGAGGAGCACGAGGGGAAGAAGAUGGAUGGAGAUGAUAUUAAUGAAGAUUUGGUUGAUGUUCUUUUGAGAAUUAAGAGAAAUGAAGAGAUGGAUUUAUCUCUGACGAUCGAAAAUGUUAAAGCUGUCAUAUUAGAUAUAUUUAUUGCAGGAUCUGAUACCACAGCUGCUGCAAUUGUGUGGGCCAUGACAGAGCUCAUUCGACAUCCUAAGGUUAUGCAAAAAGCUCAAUUAGAGGUAAGGAAAGUCCUAAAUGGAAAGAGAAUAUUAGAAGAGGGAGAUAUAAACAAGCUACCAUUCCUAAAUCAAGUUAUCAAAGAAACUCUUAGAUUACAUCCUAUUGCCCCUCUGGUGUCUAGAUUAUGUCGUGAGACAGUUGAAUUAGCUGGCUAUACAAUACCAGUAGAAAGUCGGGUUGUGAUUAACGAAUGGGCUAUGAUGAGAGAUCCAAAAUAUUGGGAAGAUCCUGAGAUCUUUCGACCAGAGAGAUUUGAAGAUAAAGCAAUUGAUUUUGGAGUAUCAAACUUUGAAUUUAUCCCUUUUGGUGGUGGAAGGAGGAUUUGUCCGGGGAUGUCCUUUGCAUUGGCAAGCAUGGAACUUUGGCUUGCGCAACUACUCUUCUACUUCAAUUGGGAACUUCCAGGAGGUAGGAGUCCUCGGGAAUUGGAUGUGGAGGAGGCUUUUGGUUUAACAUUAACUAGAAAAAAUGAUUUAUGUUUAGUUGCAACUUAUCAUGAAUAGUCUUUCCAUGGUUACUUAGUAUCUAUAAUGAAUCAAUAAGCAUGUCUAUGUGGGGAAAUCUAGUUUGCAUCAAACUAUAGCUUCUUUUAUAAAAUAUGUGUAAUUAAUAAGUUGUUACAUGGUAUUAAAAGCUUUUGUUAAUUUUAUUUUCUUAUAA